AAAUAUUGGUUGUGGUAACUUAAGCCUUAAGGCCUUUGCACAAGAAGAAGAAGACUUGAGAAGACUUACAAUAAGAAAAAAACGAAAAGUAAUGAGGACUAAGACACAAGUCAACCACUAGUCUUUGUCAAGUAGAAAGACUUAAGACGUCUUUGAAGCAAUCCAUCUUCCUAUGUAAGUUACCCUUUGAAAAUGUACCGACGAGUACACAUUUCUUGUUACAAACACUAAACAUUGAAGCUUCACUUUAGAAAGUACAAGUCUUUUAGACCCUAAAGAAGGGAAGAAACACACACACAUUCUUGUGUAUAUGCAUAGAUAGUGGUGAGUAUGAAUAAUAAUGCAGAUGCAAACAUGGCGAGGAGUUUCAGCGAUGAUACUCACUCAGGAUUCGAGCUGUCAGAGCUAGAUUUGUCUGAUGGAUGGAUGGACGAUGAUCUUAUGUCUGCGGUUUCUGGGAUGAAUCAAUCUUAUGGUUAUCAGACUAGUGAUAUAGCGGCUGCCUUAUUCUCAGGUUCCUCUACCAGUUUUAGUUAUCCUGAAUCUCCAAGUAUCAACACUUCUGUUGCCGCUACAGCCGCUGCUUCUCCCGAAAACCAAAUCAAGAAAGAAAAGAAAGUUAAAGAGAGAGUUGCAUUCAAGACGCGGUCUGAAGUGGAAGUGCUUGACGACGGGUUCAAGUGGAGAAAGUAUGGAAAGAAGAUGGUGAAGAACAGCCCAAACCCCAGAAACUACUACAAAUGUUCAGUUGAUGGUUGUCCUGUGAAGAAAAGGGUUGAAAGAGAUAGAGAUGAUCCGAGCUUUGUGAUAACAACUUACGAGGGCUCCCACAACCACUCAAGCAUGAACUAAGGCACGUCGAUUGGGAAAAGAUAGUGAAACCAUGCCUAUACAGGAGAUUCAUCUUUUGAAUCCGCUCUGUACAGGGGAUUCACCUUUUGAAUCUUAUUUUCUAUGGCUCAGAGCAAUAAGAAAAUGUGCAAGAUGGUUAUGAUACUUAAACUGCUUCUAGUUCUUUAUAUUCAUUGUAAACUGUUCGACAUGUUCACAAAUUUUGAAAGAUAGUUUUGACAUAAUGAAUCUGUAGUACUUCUAAUUCUAUACAGCUCAAUGAUGAACACAAUAGAAUCU